GCAAGUCGCAAGUCAACGCUGCAGAGAUGCCGGCUUGGCCUUGGUUUUGCCAAAAAAAAAAGGAGACACAUGGGCGGCACCCAGCGUUUUGCUAUUCACUGACUCUGGCUCUGGCUCUGGCUCUGCCAUUAUUAUGUUCUUUCGUUUUUUGUUAUCCAUAUCCGUUGUUUUGUCUUGUCUUUGUGUUCAUUCUCUUCUCUUACCGGAAUCUUGGCAUAUCCAUUAGUCUCCUGCAGAUUAAGUUGCGACGACGCACGCAUCUGCCAAUCUAUCCGACGACUCCAUCUCUAUUCCCAUCCCCCCUGCCGUGGACCCUUGCGCUACCUACCCAGGGCCAGCUGCACCUGCAGUCCGGCGCUGAUGCGAGCACUUCAAUUGGACACAUCCCCCCCUUUCACCCCACUUCCUCGCUCACAUGGUAAGGGGGAGCCAUGCCCAGUGCUUCCAUGAGGUGGAGCCGUGUUAUAAGUGCAGGUGCCCUUGACUUCCAACCUUCCAUGUCCUACUUGUAUCACCCUCUCCUCUCCUCUCCUCUCCCCUCCCCUCCCCUCCCCUUCACCUGCUUCCCUCUUUUCCUUCCUGCAUUACGGCGCGUCAUCCCCGCCCCCUACAGUCGUUAACUUUCGUAAUCAUCGAACCUUGAUCUCUGUCCUUCUCUCACAUCUUCUCAACUCUCUUUCUCGUGUAUCUGUCGAUUAUACUGUACUCAUUUUUUUCCUUGCUUCAUUUUCUGUGCCGUCCCUUCUUCGGCACGCGCCUCGACUCGAUUCGAAAGACAACGUCGAUAUAUUCGGGCCUGAGUCCUGCCCACGUUUCUAAGCCGCGGCGUAUUCCUAUGUUCGAGCAGUGUUAGAGCAUCAUGACGACCAAGCCUGAGAAUGUGAAAUGGGUGGAUGGUCUGCGUGGAUUUGCUUCCCUUCUAGUUGUUUUCACCCAUAUCUGCAGAGCCUUCGACGAGGAUCUAUUUAAACCCACAUCCGCUGAGGGAGCACCUCCUCGAAUCCUCCAAUAUCCAAUUAUCCGAAUCCUCUUCCAAGGCCGAAUCGGCGUAACGAUAUUCUCCCUCGUAACGGGAUACGUUUGUGCUUUAAAGCCACUACGACAAUGUCGAGCAGGACAACAAGACGCCAUGUUUUCUGGGUUGGCGAGGAGUGCUUUCCGACGUGUGCCUAGGCUCAUUCUUCCGACGACGAUGGCUACAACUUUGAUCUGGUUCUUUUGUCAAUUCGGUGUCUUUGAGGUGGGGAAUAGGGUCAACAGCUGGUGGGUCAACUAUACGAGUCCGAACAUCACACCGUACAUUGGAAACGCCGUCAUGGAUCUGAUACACCAUUUAAUAACGACCUGGACGAAAUCAUGGAAUGUUUACGACAACAACCAGUGGACUCUGCUUCCGCUGCUGAAGGGCAGUAUGCUUGUGUACAUGUUUCUCGUGGCUACGGCUUUCUGCAAACCCAGAUACAGGAUGAUUCUCGAAUUGGCGAUGUUUGUGUAUUACUACAUCAGCAAUGACUCUGCCUUUGGAAUGCAAUUCUUCUUCGGGGUGUUCCUUGCAGAUCUCUCCCAGCACCCACCUCACCAAGCCUGGUGCGCGGCUCGCAAAUGGCCACAAAGAGUUCUUUCUCCUGUGCUCAUCCUCAUCGGCCUCCUCCUUGCCUCCUAUCCCGAAGACAAAGCGCAAUGGAUGCGAUGGUCCGAAAUAAUGGGCCAAACAUCUGUCUACAUUUUCCCCAAGGACAACGAAACCCCUCGAUUUUAUUCUGGUGUCGGUCUUGAGUUCAUCGCACUGGGCAUCCAUUUCUCCGCCCCAGUGAAGAACGUUCUCUCCAACAAAUACCUUCUCUGGUUCGGCAAGAACUCUUUCGCCGUCUACCUCCUCCACGGCUCCCUCCUCCGCUCCCUCCUCGUAUGGAUGUACUUCGGGUUCAAAGUCCCCGCCGACAUCAGACACGAAGACGGACAUGUUGAGCCCGGCCCACCAUUGACGAUCUGCGGACGAGCGAGGUGGUAUUUUUGGCUACCGAUUUGGUUCGUCAUUCUGUACUGGGUAGCCAACCUCUGGACGAAAUACGUGGAUCCCCUGUGUGCGAGAAUUACAGAGAAGUUGGUCAGAUAUGUUUUUGAGGACCAACCAGCACCCAACACCGAGAAGAGAAUCCUGCCGCAAUGAAGUGCUCAUAUGGAUGGGAUUUGAAUCACGGUGGAGUCAAGAGGAAGAGAUCUAUUUGAUUACCAAUUUCGAUCGAGGAUCUACGACAUCUCUUUCGGUCUCGAUAGAUUCGAGGGCACAGCAUGCAUGACUGGCAAGGCUUCAAAAUGCGGCAUAUCGAUUAAAUCCGCCGAGAGAAGGCGAGGCGUUGGAGUUAUCUAUUUCAUCCAUUAUCCAGAUUUUUGGAUAAUUUCUUUGUCCAUAUUCCUGGAUACGUACAAUAUAGUACAGUACAGUACAAAUCAGCAUAUGCUGGAGUUUUGGGGUGGUCAUGCGAAGCAAGCAAGCUCGUAUUUUGUACAGCAUAUGAGCAAGAGCCGGGAGCAUGGUGGAGAAAGCUGGGAUUGGAGGAGAAUAUGAGAAUUCUGAUCAAAGGCCUUACAUUGUUUUGUACAGGUUACAUAGCUCUUGAUUAUACCCAACUUGUCAAUGCGAUCAUAUUUUCCGUUUGUUCAUAAUUACUUAAUAACUCGUAUUCUGGUCAGAUGCGUCUUGGCGAAUGGUUUUGAUCGUCCUCAAUUACGAGGUCAGGUGGAGUGAAUUGGUGGGUGGGUGGAUGGGUGGGUGUUGUGGGUAAGACGCCGGAAAUAGUUUUCCGUCUGCUUCCCAGUUCUGUGGUUCCUAAAUUGGACAAACAAAUCAUCAAUGCUGACCCUUUAAGAAUAAAUGAUGAAUGCUAGACUGUUACUUCUACCAAAACCGGUAAUACUUACCACACCAAGCCAAAAUCUGGGAGAUUCAAAAAUGGCUAUGAAGAUGCUAGCUAGCAUGGAGGCAGGCGGACCGCGAUAUAGCAUACCUA